AAGGUCAAGGUCACAUGUGCGAGAGCAAAAAAAAAAAAAAACAAAACAAACCAACAACAAAAAACUCUCCCACCUCGCACAACAAGAAAUGGCAUCGUUUCGACGGAUACAACGGUUACGAAAACUAAAUAAGAAUUCUAUAUUUAUAAAUGGACUCAACUGGAAGACAGGAACACAGGAAAUGAGGAAUUACUUUGACGACUUUGGAAAAGUAGCUGAUACAUUUAUAUUCAUGGAUGCCUACAGAGGAAUUAGUAAAGGGCAGGCAAUAGUGCAGUUUAGAGAUAAGGAAGCAGUAGACUCUGUGUUCAAACAAUCUCACCAUUAUAUUGAUGGACAGGAAGUGACAGUACAAAUAAAUAAAGGAAAUAGAUUUGAUAGCCAACAAAACGAUACAGACCAAGCUACCACAUGACGAAUUCUGAUGGGUACUUCAUAUAUAACAGAAGGAUCAUCUGUAGCAGCUGUGAAACUUUUUACGACUGAAGUAAUAUAACAUUCUUCAAGGAUUGUAGCUAAAGUCAGAUGAUUGAGAAUAUGUUCAUGUUUCUCUGCUUGAAAUAAUUUGCAAACCCAUGUUAUAAUAUCAACUACAUAUGUUUUUGUGUCAGUUUUAAUAAGCAUUUUCUCUUUACACUUAUUUUGGAUUUGUUUUAAAUGUUAAUAAAUUGUAAAUUUAAGCCUUUCUAUUGCUGUCCCUUCCCAGUACUUUUGAAAACAAUGGCUUUCCCUUUACAUUACUUAUGUGAACAAUGGCUUUCCCUUUACAUUACUUACGUGAACAAUGGCUUUCCCUUUACAUCACUUACGUGAACAAUGGCUUUCCCUUUACAUUACUUACGUGAACAAUGGCUUUCCCUUGAUAAAUGGAUACCUGAAAUUUUCCAGCUUUCCUCGAUAUAUCUUGACAAGUUUGUACAGAAAUACCUUAAGAACUGGCUGCCAUUUUUUUGAUGACUGGGAAGAUGUUUUAGAGUCUUUCUGAUCCCUUAUUGAACUAUCAGACAUCCUUACAGUUCUCCAUAUCCCAGUACAAUCUCCUCUGCAAUGGUCUUCCUGUAAAGUAAAGAGACCUCUUCCACCACAAACACUUUCAUCAUGACUUUGAUAGGUCAUUAAUUCAUCAUUUGGUAUUAGAUUUUAGUUAUUGAAACUGUUGAUGAGAGAUUUAAUGUUAAUGUUGGAGAAAACAUGAAAAAAUAAAAUCGAAAACAAGAAAAUAA